UCCGGAGGGUUUGCCUAUCUCAGCAGAUUAAUGUCUGUAUGUGAAUGAAAAAAAGAAGAGUCAUAAUCAGUCUUUACUCCGUUACACAUAGAGGGCAAACAUGUUGAUCCGCAGCGUUCGUAGUUUUGCUCAUAGUUUCAGCAGAAAAAAUCACAACCAAGUGGGAAUCAUCGGCGUUCCUUUCGAUAAAGGACAACGAAAAGGUGGCGUCGAGCUAGCUCCCGACACUCUGAAACAGGCAGGAUUAAUCAAUGAAUUGACGACGUUAGGUUUGGACGUUAAAGAUUAUGGUAAUGUGGAGUACGAAGUUUCGGACGUCAGCGUCGAUAACAUGUCCCAACUGGGCCACGUAUCGGGAUGCACGAAAAAGCUCUCGGAAACAGCUCAACGCGUUUUCGAGGACGGCCGAAACGUCUUGACGAUCGGAGGCGAUCACAGCAUCGUGAUCGGUUCCAUAGAUGCUCAUGUCAAGGCUAAAAAAAAUGUCGCGAUACUCUGGAUUGACGCCCAUGCCGAUUUGAAUACCAACAAAACCAGCGAGAGUGGAAACGUUCACGGUAUGCCGGUGGCUCUGUUAACUUCGGAGCUGGCUGAUUAUUGGCCGUAUUUGCCUGGGAUGGAUUGGCAACAGCCCAUGCUUUCAAUUCGUAAUGUAGCGUACAUUGGUCUCAGAUCUGUUGAUAAAUAUGAGAGAUUGGUAAUUGAAAAGUUUGGCAUUACUGCAUUUGGAAUGGAAGAUGUAGAAAGAUAUGGAAUUCAUGAUGUAAUACAUAUGGCUCUAAGACGAAUAGAUCCAGAUAAUAAUAAAUCCUUACAUGUCAGUUUUGACAUUGAUUCCCUAGAUCCUCUUGAAGCACCAAGUACGGGUACUCCAGUUCGUGGAGGAUUAUCUUUGAGAGAAGGUAUUCAUGCAAUGGAAGAAUUACACAGAACUCAAAGACUAAAUGCAAUGGAUUUGGUUGAAGUUAAUCCUAUCAUAGGUGACAAGAAAGAUGUCGAUCUUACUAUUUCUGCUGCAUUUCACAUUAUCCAAGCAGGAUUUGGAUACACAAGACGUGGAUUGAAAUUACCAGAGGGCAUUACAGAUAUGCCUUUACAAACAUUUAGAUAAAAAUAUCAAAAAGUUUAUAAUUCAAAUAAAAACUAUA